AUGAAGUUCACUAUUGUCGCCGCUAUUGCCGCCCUUGUGGCCCCCAUCGCCGCUGGCCCUGCCGCUUCCGCUCCUGCUGAGGCUUUUGCCAUGCAGAAGCGUGCCACGAUCUCUAUUCCUGCGUCCAAGGGCACUGUCAAGCUCUCCAAGCCUCAGACUGUCUCCGGCACCUUCGACGGUGGUCUUAAGACCUACGGCCGUGGUGUUUCCUGCACUGGUCAGGCUGAGGGUGGCGACUCGGACGCCGUCUUCCUGAUCGAGAACAACGGGAUCUUGAAGAAUGUGAUUAUCGGAAAAGAUCAAAUCGAGGGUAUCCACUGCAAGGGCUCCUGCACCAUCGAGAAUGUCUGGUGGGUCGACGUCUGUGAGGAUGCUCUCACCCUGAAGGGUGACGGUAACGCCCUCGUUAAGGGUGGAGGUGCCCAGUCCGCCUCCGACAAGGUUAUCCAGCACAACGGUAAGGGAACCGUCACCAUCGACGGUUUCCAGGUCUCCGACUUCGGCAAGCUGUACCGUGCUUGCGGUAACUGCAAGAACUCCGUCUCCCGCUCUGUUGUCAUCAAGAACGUCAAGGCCUACUCUGGAAAGCUCCUCGCCGGUAUCAACCCCAACUUCGGCGGCACUGCCACCAUCUCCUCCACCUGCGCUUCCUCUGUGAAGGCCAUCUGCGAAGAGUUCAAGGGCACCACCCCCGGCAACGAGCCCAAGUCCGUCUCCAAGGGCCCCUCCAACUACUGCAAAUACACCGCCUCUGCCAUCCAAUCCUGCUAA